AUGGGUCCAGCACAUCUCGGUGCUCCAAUGAUCGAGGCAAUAAUCGAUGGGCGUUCUCGGAACAUGGCGGGCUCGUUAUUUGGUCGUGGAGCCAGCCUCGUUAGCGGUGCAGGCCUGAUGUCACCGGCAGAAAUAAAAGUGCGGUCGCCAAGGGAUCGGGCGGCAACCUUCACGGGCCGCUGCCCGUUGACACCUGGCUCCUUAGUGGCACGGUUGGCGGCACUGGAGCACCUCAAACAAUGUGCCAGCUUCACACCUGACCUGGCACGCGCGUCUGCGUCGUAU